CCUUUUUCCUUCCCUUUCUAAAGUGUUAGGGGUUCUUUUUCCUUUGUUGCUCCUCGUUUUCGUUUUGAAAUUUGAGGGAAGAAAAAAACAGUAAAUUUGAGAAGCUGAGGAAGCGCGGAUUUUGCUUAAUUUUAGCUCCAAUUAAUCAAAGGGAGUUGAUGGGUACUUGCGUGUCAGUUCAGUUGGUCAGCCUCGUUAGAAAACCUAACUUAUGGGCGUUGCUCGCAUCCUACUGUUCCAAAAUCGAGCUCUUCUUCGACAAGAAUCGAUCUUUAGAGUACACUUUAGUGCUUCUGCAGCAUCUUUGGAUGAACAUCCGUCCGCUUGCGCCCUAGCUGAUGAAAAUGAUGUCGUUCCCAGCGAGAGUUCUUACCACAGUAGAGAGUGUAAACUAUUUCCAUUGAUAGUCCGAGUAUUCCAUUCUUUGAGUUGGAGAAUUGCCAGAAAAAUAACGUUCUCAGAAGCUGUCGAAAGGUAUGGAUUUUAUUGUUCUAUUCAUGCUUUUGGGUUCAUGGUCCAUAUCUUCUCAUCAGCAGGCAUGGGAAGGGAGGUAUCCUGUUUAUUGGGAGAGAUUGUGCGCUACUACAGGGAAGCAGACUAUGAUACAUUUGAAUUGCUCCCCUCAUUGCUGCAUUUGUCUGGGGCAGAAAGAUCAGUGUUCACAUUCGAAGUCCUUAUGCACGUUUUCUUGAAGUGUUCAAUGCUCGAGAAUGCAAUCGAUGUGUUUGUGAAAGCCAAGGGCAUUGGACUUGAACCAAAUGUUUUGUCCUGCAAUUUGUUGCUCAGGUAUCUGGCCGAGGGGAACCGAAAAGAAUUGCUUACCUAUCUGUUUGAUGAAAUGAAGAACUCUGGGCCGUUUCCUAAUGUCUAUACUUAUACCAUUUUGAUGAACUUUUACUGCAAAGGAGGUCUUGGGCAGGCUGAGGCAGACAUCAAGCGAGCUACGGCAAUACUAGAAGAAAUGGGCAGGUGUGGUGUAUGCCCAACAGAUGUGACAUAUAGUACGUAUAUUCAUGGGCUUUGCAGAUUAGGAGAUGCAGAAAUGGCACUGAACUUUCUUCGUGACUUGAGACGUAGAAACCAGCCUCUUGGUUGUAACUGUUACAACGCUGUUCUAUAUGGUUUUUGUAAUAAAGGUGAGCUACACACGGCUAUGUGGAUUUUUGAAGAAAUGAAGAGAUAUGGAGUAUCACCGGAUGUUUACAGCUACAGCAUUCUGAUCGAUGGGAGCUGCAAGAAGGGGGAUAUUCCGAAAGGCCUGAGUUUACUGGAGGAAAUGGUGAUCAGUAACUUAAGGCCUUCAAUGCAUGACUAUAACUCAAUUUUGAAUGGUCUAUGUGAAGGUGGAUACAUGGAAAUUGCACUGGAUGUGUUCUAUAAACUUGAAUCUGCUGGUUAUAUGCCGGAUCAGGUUUCUUACAAUAUCUUAAUCAAUGGAUUUUGUAAGUGUGGAGAAUUAGAUUGUGCCAAUAGAUUUUUGGAUGAAAUGAUCAGAAAUAAAUUUUCUCCUGAUGUUAUCAAUUAUACCACAUUGAUCCAUGGUUACUGCAAGAGGGGACGCUUGGAGAAAGCCUUGAAACUUUUUAGAUUCAUGCUGGAGGGAGGUAUAUUACCGGACAUUGUGACUUGCACCAUUAUUGUUGAGGGAUACUGCAAGGAAGGGCGUAUGAAUGAAGCAUUUUUACUUAUGAAUGAAAUGAAAGACCUAGGUAUUACUCCCAACUUGUUUACCUAUAAUGCAAUAAUUAACAGGCUUUGCAAGGAAAGGAAAUCAGAGAGUGCUUGGGAACUAUUCCUUUUGAUGCUGAAGAGUGGUCAUUUUCCUGAUGUUGUUAUCUAUAAUACUCUUAUUGAUGGGUUUGUCAACCAGUCAAAUUUAAAUAAGGCCUUCAAGUUGUAUGCAAGGAUGUCAAAAGAUGGAGUGACACCCAACAAUAUUACAUAUACGAACCUGAUCAAAGGAUUGUGUAGUUGUGGCAGAUUUCAUGAAGCCUUGAAUUUGUUCAAGAAAAUGAUUGCAAAGGGUUUGAUGCCGGAUGAAAUUUCUUACAAAAAAGUUAUUGCUGGCUUUUGUAAAAUUAGAGAUAGGAAGAUAGCUUGAAAACUGUUCUCUGAAAUUAAACAAAGAGGCUUUUCACCAGAUGUUGUCGCUUAUUCCUGUCUGGUUGAUGGGUAUUUGCACAUUGAAUCAGUUGGACAGUGAGCUCCUUCUGGAUAAAGGUUGAAGGUGUUCAAUGAAAUGAAGGAGAGGGGCAUCUUCAGAUGGUAAUACCUAUCUGAGACUAGGAUUUGGUAAUGUCCAUGAUGAUGGUUAGGGGCCCAAAGAAAUGAUUGCCGUUAACCAGAUAAUAUUAUUCAGAGUAUGAGACCAAAUUUAUACUUGGGCUGUUCACUGCUUUUCUUCAUCUCAGGAAAUAUGAAUAAUGAUCUAACAUUUGCAGUGCUUCAACUCACCAAGUGCCAAAUCUAAAAGGAAUCCUUGUGUGGUUUGAACCAGUAACUGGGUUGCAUAUUAACAUGCACAAAAGUGAAUAUUGCAGCAGGUGAAGUGGCUAAUCUUGCUCUAUUGGAUGACAAAAUGGGUUGUAAAAUGUGGAUUUUGCCAUCUAAAUAUUUGUGGUUGCCUUUUAGGGAAAAAUAUACCUCAAAAGCAAUUUGGAACCCCAUUAUAAAGAGGGUGGAAGUCGAAGUAUUUAUCUGAAGGGGGAAUUGGUGCUGAACUGCUGAUUAGAAAUGUGCUUUCUUGUUUUCCUACUUAUUUGCUCUCCAUAAAACCAAUUUUGACUAGCACUGCAAGAGCAAUUAAGAAGAAAAUGUGAAGCUUUUUAUGGAAAGGUUGGAGGGAGGAGUUUAAAUUUCACCUAGUAAAUUGGAGA